AUGUCUGAAUAUAACCAAGUUCGCCUGAGGCAAAGUGGACAUACUGAGAGUGAAGUGCCAAUUCAAGAAAACUUUGACGAUAAAAAGAAGGAAACAAUUUUCAAAAAACGAGAAAGCAAGCCCGAUGUAGCUUCAAGAGCCACCUUAGCGGUGCUAACUCUAUUGUCUUUUGCGACCCGUUUCUAUAAUAUCGACUAUCCAUCUCAAGUAGUCUUCGAUGAAGUUCAUUUCGGUAAAUUUGCAAGUUAUUAUCUUAAAAGGGCCUAUUUCUUUGACGUUCAUCCUCCACUUGCAAAAUUGAUGUUUGCCGGAAUGGGGUAUCUACUUGGUUAUGAUGGCCAUUUUGAAUUUGAUAAUAUCGGUGACGAUUAUAUAGAGAAUGAUGUACCUUAUGUUGGAUUAAGAGCUUUGCCUGCCACUUUAGGCGCGCUUUUUGUUCCUCUAACAUAUAUGAUUAUGAUAGAAUCUGGAUAUCCGAUAAUUACCGCGAUUUUUGCUGCUGCAUUAGUAUUGUUUGAUAAUGCUUUGAUUUGUCAAACGCAACUUAUCCUUCUAGAUUCUAUGCUUGUAUUUUUCAUGCUUUGCACUUUUUAUUCUUACAUCAGAUUUUGCAAACUUCGUAUGAGAGAAUUUUCUAAUGAAUGGUGGAUUUGGCUAGUUGCCUCUGGAGUUUCACUUGGGUUAACAAUAGGCGUUAAGAUGGUGGGAUUAUUUACAGUCAUGACUAUUGGGGUUGCCGUUCUUGUCGAUUUGUGGAAUUUAUUAGACAUUAACCGUGGGUUGACAAUGGCUCAAUUUAGGAAACAUUUCGCUGCACGAGCCAUUGGUUUAAUAAUUGUCCCAAUUUCAGUUUAUUUGUUUUUUUUCUAUCUUCACUUCCUCAUAUUGAAUACAAGUGGGACUGGCGACGUGUUUAUGAGCCCUGCUUUUCAAGAGACGCUACAAGGGAAUGAAAUGAAUCUUCAAAGUUCCGAGAUAAGAUUCAAUGAUACUAUUACUUUAAAACACAAGGAUACUUCGGUCUUUUUACAUUCGCAUACUGAAAAUUAUCCGCUUAGAUAUGAAGAUGGACGGAUUAGUAGUCAAGGUCAACAAGUAACAGGAUAUCUACAUAAUGAUACCAACAAUUAUUGGCGUAUUAAACCAGCGGAAAAUUUCUUUGACAAUUCAAGACCAGAGAAUGACACAAUUAAGCACAAGGAUUAUAUCUUACUUGAACAUAUUGGCACAAAUUCACAUUUAUUAACACAUGAUGUAGCUUCACCACUUAUGCCAACUAAUCAAGAAUUCACUACAAUCCCAGUAGACGAUGAUUCACGUUAUAAUGAGACAAUAUUUCAGGUUCAUAUUAAUGAUGGAGAGUCUGAUACUGUAUGGAAAACUAAAUCAAGUUAUAUACGCUUAAUUCAUUAUAAUACUAAAGUUGCUUUGUGGACACAUAGUUCAGAAUUACCCGAAUGGGGAUUUAACCAACAAGAAGUUAAUGGUAAUAAAAAUAAUGUUGAAAGAAGUAAUAUUUGGAUUGCAAAUGAAGUUGUUGGUAAAAAUUAUACAGAACCUAUGGAACCAAAAGAACUAAAAAAGAUACCAUUUUUAUUAAAAUAUUUCGAAUUACAACGUUUAAUGAUAAGUCAUAAUUCAGGAUUAACAAAACCACAUCCAUAUUCAAGUGGACCAAUUAAUUGGCCAUUUUUAAUACGUGGUAUAUCAUUUUGGACAAAUAAUGACGAUAGACAACAAAUUUAUUUAUUGGGAAAUCCUUUUAAUUGGUGGCUAACUGUUGCCUCAAUGGCUGUACUUGUUGGAGUCUUAUUAGCUGAUAUAAUUUCAAGACGACGUGGUUUUGAACCUAUAAACAAACCCGUUAGAAUUCGCUUGUAUAAUUCAGGAUGUUUCUUUUUCUUAGCAUGGUUUUUCCAUUAUAUACCAUUUUAUUUGAUGGGCAGAUCGUUAUUUUUACAUCAUUAUUUACCAGCAUUAGUAUGUAGUUAUAUGGUAACGUCAAUUGUAUUUAAUUUUAUGUUUGUAAAUUCUGUCAAUUAUCCAAUAUUAAUUAGUAGUGUCGGUAGCAAUAAUAUGUCAAGUAAUAGACCUAAAGUUCAUUCAGUAUUAAAGGCUGGAGUAGAUUAUAUAUCAAUUAUUAUUGCUACAAUAUUAAUUUUUAUAUCAUUUGGAGUUUACAUAUAUUUUGCUCCUUUAACUUAUGGUACGCCUGGGCUUGAUCCUUCUGGCAUACAUAAUAGAAGAUGGUUAGAUACUUGGGAUUUACAUUUUCAACCAAAGAGAGGUGAAAUUUAA